AUGGGCGGGUCGUUCGAUGACUUAAAAAAGCUCUCCUCCGCGCGAAAAGCAUCCGUGGACAGCGCACGACCGCGUUUAAGGAAAUCAACGACAGAAAACGAUGAUGAUUUGAAAGAUGACGACGAAGAUGCUUUAAAAGAGGAAGAGGAAGAGGAGGAGUUCGAGUUUAACGAACACCACGCGCUGACAUUAACCGGCCUCUCCGGGAAACGAUUGAAACGAGAACUGAGCAGACACCAAUUGUUUCAAGGUCUGGAGGAUACGCAAAGUCCGGAAACCACGCCCGGGGGGACGUUAACCAUGGAGAGUGCGCAGACGCUGGCGGCGGAGACGGAUUUAAUACGGGACGCGAAAGUGGUGUCCGGAGCGGGAGGAAGAGACGAGUAUUUAUAUCAGCAGCAAAAGGUAGAGGAGGAGAGCGGGAGUCACGGGAACAAUAACAACAACAACAACGCGAGUGGUAAUGGCGGCGGUGGUGGUGGGAUAAAGCACGCGCCGUCUUUGGCGCAGAUUUUCGGGACGGCGAAUGCCUCGGGGAAUAAUUCUUCUUCGCCGGCGGGGAUGGAGCGAUCGAGCAGUCCGUCGUUGUCGCCGCAGCACAAGCAAAUGCUCCGGGAGUACACGAUGAACAAGAACAAAGAGCAACUCAGUAAUAAUAAUAAUAAUAAUAGCAACAACAACAACAACAACGAAAAGAACAAGAGCAGCGCGACGAAUUUACAACACGCGAACACGUUAUCCGGAGCGUCGAGUAAAUUCUUAGCCGAGGAGAUUCGGCACAUGCGAGACGAUCCGUCGUUGGAUAAAAAGACGAAAACGAAAAAGUCAAAAUCGACGACGAUUAAAGAAGGCGAGGAAUUGAUGGUGAUGGCGCCAGAUGGAACGACGAAGAAGAAGAAAAAUGCGAAAGAGGUGGACGAAGUUUUGGACCAAGGUCAGAGACGCUUAGCGUUACGAUCGGUGCAACGCACGACGGAGGAUUUGCUGUUAAUCUCGGACGCGUUGAAGACGAAAGAGGCGACGUUGGGGUCGUUACCAACCAGGCUCGGUAAAGGGUUGGAGUUGAUCAAAGAUAACAUCACGCGCAUUCAUCGAUCGGAAGGUUUACUCUCGAGAAAAAAAGUCGCCAUGGGAAGAGUCAAUCGAUACGAGUUAUUGAGAGGAGCGUUUGGUGGUGGCGAAGACGGGCGAUCGGAAAAAGGCGAAUCCGAAGCCGGCGAAGAUUUAUACGCGAAGUUCACGCCGAGGAAGCUGAAAGUCAAAUCGAAGAAGAAGUUGAUCGUCAUGGCUAUUUUAACCGGCAUCGCGUUGGUUUUGUUGUGUUGCACGACGGUGUUCGUGAAACAGUACGAGGAAGACUACGUGUUGUUGGUCGCGCCGGCGUUGUCGCACGAAAUCGUCGAGUUGCACGAACACGCGGAGAUCUCGAAGAAACACAUAUCACACGCGAGUAAAGGGAUGAUGGAGGUGAAAAUGGGCGCGAGCGAGUGUCACGCGCAUCACACGACGGAUGUUCCGGUGUAUUAUUUGCACUCGCAAAUACGACAAGGCGACGUCGUUUUAGCCGCUUUGGCAGACAUACAGUUGCACGAUUUAGGAAGCUCCGAUGAUCCGACGGGUGCGCACAGAGGAGGAGAAGAAGAAGAAGAAGAAGAAGGAGUGAACCACAACAAUAACAGUGGGGGAUAUCGAAGGGCGUUACUUUCGGCCUCGGCUGGCGGGCCCGGACCGUCGGUUGAAAAAAUGUCCUACACCAUUCUCAGCAAAUAUAAGAAAUCGAACGGCGACGUGUACAUCACCGUCAGCACAAACUGUCCCGAAAACGUCUCCGUUCGAGCAACGAUACGAGAUGUUGGCUUGGUAGGCAUCGGGCAACAAUGGAUCGCGUUGGUCUUGUUAAUCGGCGUGUUUGGUUUAAUCAUCGUCGAAGUCAUCCACCGAACGUUGGUUGCUUUUCUCGGCGCCGCCGCGGUCUUGUACGUCUUGGCAUUGGAACACCGAUUCCCAUCCGUGGCGAAAAUUAUCCAGUGGAUGGACCACGAAACGUUGGCGUUGCUUUGGGGGAUGAUGGUUAUCGUCGCGUUGCUCGCGCGAUCCGGGGUGUUUGAAUUCCUCUCGGUUCGUUUAAUCGAGUUAUCGAGAUGCGACAUGUGGCGCUUGACGUGGAUGCUCAUGCUCUUCGAUUGCAUUUUGUCUGCGUUUUUGGACAACGUGACGACGAUGCUUUUAUUAGCGCCGGUGAUUAUUUCGUUAUGCAAAGCGUUGAAAAUUGAUCCGAGACCUUUAUUACUUCCGUUGGCUUUGUUCGGUAACAUUGGCGGCGCGGCGACUAUGAUUGGCGAUCCACCAAACAUCAUCGUCGGAAACGCUUUAAAAGAGUACAUCGAUUUCAACGAUUUCUUACAAAUUAUGGCCCCGGGCGUCGUUUUAACCGUCCCGGUUGUUUUAGUCUUCGUCCGAUGGCACUACGGGAAAGAGUUUUACUCCCAAAAGUUGGUGGUGGAUUUAGAGAAAAUGAAAAGAGACUAUCCGAUUCGAGACAUGCCUUUAUUGAUUCGAUCCGGCAUCGUCUUGUGUUUUGUCAUAGUCUUGUUCUUUUUACACCCGGUGAUUCACUUUUCGCCGUCUUAUGCCGCGUUAUUCGGCGCAAUCGCGGUGCUCUUAACCGGUCCAGAACACGAUUUCGAACACGCUCUGGAAAAAGUCGAAUGGGAUUCGCUCUUAUUCUUCGCCGGCUUGUUCGUCUUCACCGAAGGCGUCGCCGAACUCGGCUUAUUGCGAGAAAUCUCCGACGCGCUUUCGGCGUUAAUCGAAAUGGUCCCAGUCGAAAAGCGCUCGCAAGUCGCUAUCGUCCUCGUCCAAAUCGUCGCCGCCGUCGCGUCCGCGUUCGUCGACAACAUCCCGUUCACGACCACCAUGUUACCCGUCAUCGUCCAAAUCGCCGAAAACGUCGAAGGCGUCCACAUCAAAGGUUUAGGAUGGGCGUUAUGUUUCGGGGCUGAUUUCGGUGGUAUGGGUACCCUCAUCGGCGCGAGCGCGAACAUCGUCAUGGCUGGUAUCGCCCACGAGGCUGGAUUCCACGUCACGUUUGGUCAGUUUUUCAAAAUCGGUUUCCCGGCCAUGUGGAUUUCGCUCGUCAUCAGCGUCUGCUAUUUGUGCAUGAUGGAAGGCGCCGGCGCCUUGAAGUAG